AUGCCCGUCCUGACCCGCCGACAACGGGCCAUCUCCUGGCAGCGAUUGCCCCCAGAGAUAAGACUAAUCAUUCUGGAAGUCGUCGCGGGACCGGAUCGCGAGAGAGACAUGGUCACGACACAGGCGCGGAACCGCAACCAGGCAGCCUACGCGUCCGUGUGCCGCGAAUGGCAGGAUUAUUUCGAGCCAAUCCACUUCAACGCGCUCACGCUGUACCAGUCCGACGUGGCAGAGUUCGGCAGAAUCAUGCAGGGCCGGUGGCGUGCGAUGCUGCACUGGAUCUGGCUGCAUGUCGAGCUGCCCGAGUACGGCUGCGACCGCUGCAAGUUUGCCGAGUCGGCCGGAGAGAUAAGGGCCCACAACAUUAUCUUCACCAACGCGAUGACGCUGGAGCUGAGCGUGCAUUCGCCGAGCGACGCAGAGCACUUCUGCAAGGACCUGAGGAGCCGGCUGCACGACAAGGCUCUGGGGCGGACCCGACUAAAUCGUAUCAAGUUCCAUCGAGACCUGCCCCAUGGUUGGUUCAAGGGACCAACGGUAUUCCGGCCGUCAGAGGGCGCCAAAGAGAGACUCUUUGGGCCUACUUGCGGCCUUAAGUUCAACUUGAGUGCAUUGUCAGCGCGAAAAAUGGAACCAGGACUGCCUAAAAACAGCCUCGUUCACCAGUUGAUGAUCCGAAGGCAGUUCUGCCGAGCCUUUUCUGUCCAUUCAGCGUUGAUGCCCAUCAUCGAUGCUUUGACCCAUCUCGAGAUCUUCUCAUACGAGCCGUUGCGCGGACUCGACAAGAGAGACCAACUUGCGCGGAGAAUACGUGACAAUGAACACUAUCACCUGCUCGUCGCCAAGCUUAGAUACAAGGCAAGCUUGAAAAUAGUCUCGAUGUUCGAAGAUUCCGACCCGGUGCUGCACAACCACAUCGAGACGAGGCGCAGCCCCUACCUGGGCCAAGCUCUGGCCCAAUCUAGUCUCUAA